GGCAACCAUGCCAACCUGUACGGACAAUCCAUCUGAGUACUCUAAAGACCAAUUGAGAAAUCUGUUAAUUUCACAUAAUGUACUUCUGCCUCAGGGUGAUCAGAGAAAAGCGGUCUAUUUGCAGCUCUACCUCAAGCAUAUUCUCCCUAAAGAAAAGGAAUCUGCUGACUUUUCAAGCGAUGAUGAGGACAUGUUAUCAGAGAAUGAUCUUCUGCCUGUUUGGGACCACGAGGAAAAGAGCAGUGACCAGAUGGACUUAAAAAGCUUGAGUGACAGUGAGCUAAAGGAACAGCUGAAGAAACAUGGGGUCAACCCGGGACCCAUCUUACCCACCACCAGGACCAUUUAUGAAAAGAAGUUGCAGAAACUACUUGAAGAAAACCAGGUGAAAGAGAAUGGAGGUGGACGUGCGGACCAGUAUUCAGACAAUGAAGAUGGUUUUCAGGUGAAGAAUCCGAUGGACAUGAGAUGUGAGCUGAAUGGGGAAAAAUCAUCUGGAUUUGACAGCUGCAGCCAAAAAAAUAUCCCUGCAUGCCUUGCAGCCGAAUUUAAUCAGAACCUUGCAACACUAGGAGAUGAUUUCAGCGUUACAAAAAUGUUAAAACAGAUGGAGAGAAGGUCGUCUUUGAGCCAGACAGCAAGUUACAGAAAUGGACAGGAAAGCAAGACUUUGACAUCCAGUUUUCAGCCGGAUGACACCUCUUCUGAUGACUUCUCUGAUCUGAUGUCCCAGUCUACCCUAGGAAUGAGUGCUACACGAAGGAAGCCUAUAAAAGGGGCUGCUGGCCGUCCCAUUCAGUUUCGAUAUGAUGAUAUUGCAACUAGAGCCAGGAUGCAGGAGCAGUCUAAAGAGAUCGUAACGGAGGGAAAACCACAACGCUUGGUAUCUGUACGUCUUCAGAUUGUUCUCUUCAUUAUAGUAGCCUUUAUUGCCCUUGUCUAUAUCACGAUGGAGAGCAGCCCAGACAAUCCUUUUGGUUCUGUCACAGAAGACCUUGCUGAAGGACGCCAACCCUAGGGUAAAAUGUAGAUAUAUAAUAGGUUAUGUUCUUUCUGAGGAACAGGGUUUGAAGGUUUUGGAGCGUUUUUGCAAUACUUGUUUUGUUCAGUUUGGAUAAUGUUUUCUUGUAAAUUGGUGGCAUAUUUUUAGCAGCAGUUACUGUGUGAUCAAUGCUAAGCCUCCUCACCAAGUCUGCUGUCAUAUAUGGAUCACUGAAUUAUUUUAGUGAAGUGCGCUUUGACUGUUUCAGAGAUGCUGUUCUGUAAUAAUGGUUUUGACUUAAAGGACAGUUCCAGGGAGAUUCUAGAGCCCUGCUAAUUCUUAAUACAGUCUAGACAAUGACGCUGGGUUCACACCUAGGCGUUUCGCAAACGCGCGUUUUUAUGCGCAAUUUUGUCGCGCGUUUUUAUGCGCGUUUUUUGUAAUAGUAAACGCGCGUUUGGGUGAUUGACAGCAGUGUUGU